AUCAAUCCAACGAGUGAGAGAUCCCGGAAUGUUGGAUCCGCUGGGAGAUCCCGGAAUGUUGGACCCAUUGGGAGAUCCCGGAAUGUUGGACCCACUGGGAGAUCCCGGAGUGUUGGACCCACUGGGAGAUACCGGAAUGUUGGACCCAUUGGGAGAUCCCGGAGUGUUGGACCCACUGGGAGAUCCCGGAAUGUUGGACCCAUUGGGAGAUCCUGGAGUGUUGGACCCACUGGGAGAUCCCGGAAUGUUGGACCCACUGGGAGAUCCUGGAGUGUUGGACCCUCUGGGAGAUACCGGAAUGUCCAGUCCAUUUCUGGCACCCAGACACCUCUGAGGAAGAUUCAUGCCUGACCUGAGACCUGAGUUGUUAACUGUCUCCUGACACACCACCUGAGAUUCUCCAACGUUCUCUGUGCUUGUCCUGGCGAAGUCUGUCAUUUCCUCCUCACCAGCAGCUGCAAGACACCCUCCGAACAACAAUUGCAAGCAGGCGGGAGAAUCACCCUGGGUCCUGUCUCGCUGCUGAAUGUUCCAGAGCAGAGACGCUUCAGGCUGGAGUGUGUCAAACUGCUGGGUCGCACAGCAACUGUCUCAGCCAACCGUGCCACCUUGCCUGAGACAGGGAGCCAGGCGCCCAGAAUGGUCUGGACCAGCAAGACUCCAAACUGCAGCAAUGAGGAGUUUAAAUUCCCUGUGUUUGUGCGAGCCUACAGCACCAUUCUGAUUCUCGGCUUCAUCGGGAACACGGUCGCUCUGUAUGUCUUUGUGAAGUUGACUCAGCGUAAGACAGCAAGCACAGUCUUCAUGAUCAACCUGGCCGUUUCAGAUCUAUUCUUCACUCUAACGUUACCGUAUCGAAUCAUCUACUACGUCCAGCGUGAGUGGAGACUUGGCGCCUUUCUCUGCAGGAUCACCACCUAUGCCUUCUAUGUGAACCUCUACUCCAGUAUCUUCUUCCUCACCGCCCUCAGCAUCUUCCGCUACAUCUCCAUCCUGCACCCGAUUUGGUCCCGAAGCGUGGUGACGGUGAGAAGAUCCCUGUGGGUCACCAUCGGGAUCUGGCUCUUCAUCGGCCUGGUGUCUGUCCCCUUCCUCCUCGUUUCCUCCAAGUGUGUGAACGGGACCUGCCGCUGCUUCGAACCAUCCAACGUAUCGUGGUCUCAGAUCCAGCGGAUGAACUACUUUGCGUUUGUGGUGGGCUUCCUGCUGCCCUUCCUCACCAUCCUGGCUUGCUACACUCGCAUUCUGCAGCGCCUGAUGGGCUCAGCUGGCACCAUGCGGGUGAACGCGCGGAGCCGCAGGAAGUCCACCUACAUGAUCAUCAUCGUGAUGUCCUCCUUCCUGUUCUGCUUCCUGCCGUACCACGUCAUACGGACCAUCCACCUCCACAUCAUGUCGGACGGAGUGUGCCACGACACUGUCUGGUUUGUGCAGAGAGCUGUCGUGGUGACUAUCUGCCUGGCCGCUGCCAACAGCUGUCUCAACCCCGUCCUCUACUACUUUGUCGGCGAGAACUUUCAAAGCACCCUUAAAACCUCGACCAUCCUCAAGUCGAGAUCCGCGUCGUCCGGCAGUGUAGUGUUUGUGGAUCACUCGCCAGCCACGGUCCCACCAAGCUCCAAUGAGCAGGAGCCACUAUCAGGCACACGCCAGGAGCAGAAGUGAUGACAUCUCUUUUUUUACACUUUAAGAUCGAAAGUAACUCCCCUCCUGACUCCCCCCCAGAGCCUGACCCACCAUCGACAAGGCACAAGUCAGGAGGGUGAGGGAAUA